AUGGAGAGCGCCGUGGCGGGAUUUUUUCCGGAGUAUUUUUACAGUUUUGUGGAGGAAUUAGAUGAGCAUCCAUGGCUUUUCUCUGCUCUCGCGUCUAUUCUGGUCGGUUUAAGUGGAAUUUUGCCUUUGCUCAUCAUUCCAAUAGAUGAAACAGCAUCCUUUAAAGACGGAGCGGGUGCAGCAACUCUAAGGAUACUCCUAAGUUUUGCAGUCGGAGGUCUUCUCGGAGACGUCUUCCUUCACCUGUUGCCGGAAGCUUGGCAACACGACCUCGCCGCUACAAAAGAUGGCGACCAUGUUUCCAUGAAAUGCGGCCUUUGGUGCUUAUUCGGAAUGCUUGUAUUUAUAGUUGUAGAAAAACUAUUCGCCAGUACAGAAGAUGAUGACGAAGAAGAACCAAAGCAGAACGGUUCCACCAAACAUAUAGAAAUAGAAGAAAUAGAAAAACUUCUAAAUUUUGAGAGAAAUAAUAGAGGGAAGGACAAGGGGCAAGGGAUUUGUGGUGGUAAUGGCUCUGUGACGGCGAAACAACUGUAUGAUACGUGCGUCUUUAAUAAUAAUACUAAAGGUGAAGGCGGCUGUUGUAGCACGAUAGUGACGACCACAAACGGCGCAGUACGGUGCAAGGGUAACCGCUGGAUGGGACGUUGUCUUCUACGAGAGGCGAGAGAGAAGGCGCAGAAGGCGACAAAGGAGAAGAGUGAGAAGAAAGAUGUAGCCGGGUACCUGAACCUGAUGGCGAACUCCAUAGACAACUUCACGCACGGGCUGGCCGUGGGCGGCUCCUUCCUCGUGGGCUUUCGCGUGGGCUUGCUCACCACCUUCGCUAUACUCGUUCACGAAAUUCCACACGAAGUAGGUGAUUUUGCUAUUUUACUCAAGAGCGGGUUCUCAAGAUGGGAGGCGGCUAAAGCUCAACUGGCGACGGCUUGCGCCGGUCUGAUCGGCGCCAUGACAGCGGUUAUAUUCAGCGGCGCUCGGAAUGCGAUAGAAGCAAAAACCUCUUGGAUAGUUCCGUUCACGGCGGGCGGGUUCCUCCAUAUUGCGUUAGUCACCGUGUUGCCGGAUCUACUGCGGGAGCAGGACAAGAUGGAGUCUCUCAAACACCUCGCCGCGCUCAUAUCCGGCAUUGUCGUCAUGGCUUUCAUGACGCAGUACUUU